AUGGACGAGUUUGUCGACUGGAACCAGGCGGACCCGGCCUCUGCGGCCGCCGGUGUGGACAUGAUGCCUCCAUCUGACUUGACCCGAGGCGACGCCUAUGAUCCCCUCCAGGACCUUGACCUGGCACUGGCCAACGUCGAUGGCGAUGAAUUCUCCUUCUGGGCCUUACAACACUUUGAAAACAAUGUCUCACCCACACUGGAUGCAUCUCAGGACAUUCCCAUGCCCACAGAUGGGGUUACCAGGUCGACCAGGGCAUUCGAGGACCAGCUUGAGCACCCUGAAGCCCCGUGUGCAAACUGCCAGUUGGGCGGCUACCAGUGCAAGCGAAUCUUGGGCGACUACAAGGGGUACUGCACGAGCUGCGUUGCCUUGCGAUGCGCAUGCAGCCUCGGUUUGUCCUCGGCAUUCCCCUCUAACCCAUGGCCCCUGAUGGGUGAUCAUCCCACGGCCAUCGCUCAGGAAGAUGCACAAGUCGAGCCCCAUCACUCUGCUUCAGCGACUGACCUAACCGGUUUGGCCUCUACCUCUGGCCCCGAGAAGAGCGGCGCGGAUACCGUUCCCAAGGCCAAGGUGGGCGCCCGGUUUUCCAGAGAAUCGGUCAAGAUAUUGAAGAAUUGGCUGUCAACCCACAGCAAGCACCCCUAUCCCACCGACGAGGAGAAGGAGAUGCUGCAGAAACAGACGGGCCUCAGCAAGACACAGAUCACGAACUGGCUCGCCAACACGCGGCGCAGGAACAAGAAUGCCGUUGCACAGCGCUCAACAUCGCCUGGAGUGCGGAGCUGGUCAAACCCCAUCGACAUACCGCAAAGACGGGGAACACCGUCGCUAGAACAGAUGAAUCCGCUGCAGCGUUGGCAACACUCACCGCCCGAACACGAAGCAGCGUCCGUGACGGCCAUUGCCCGCGCCGUCAACGCUUCCGCUUCGAGCCUCUCGUCUGGUCUCAACAGCCCGUACAGCCUCAACUUCACCGAUGACGGCUCCGGUAGGUCGCUCUGUGCGUCGACCAUUAGCAGCGCCAACACAUCGCACUCGAGCGGAGGCUCGUUUGCGUCGGCGUACUCUUUUAACUCGAGGAAUUCCUUCGGCUCUGCGGGUUCGCUCCCUCGGGGACGGAGGCGGAGAAGGAGAAAGGUUCCUCCAGCAGCAAGCGCUCCGUUACGUGGCCCGCUCAAGACAUUCCAGUGCACUUUCUGUACCGAAACGUUCAGAACGAAGCACGAUUGGCAGAGACACGAGAAAUCGCUGCACCUGUCCCUCGAGCGGUGGGUGUGCUCGCCCGACGGGCCGCAGGCCUUGAAUCCCGAGACCGGCCAGAUGUCGUGUGUCUUUUGUGGGCAUGUGAACCCCGACGAGGCGCACAUCGAUAGUCAUAAUCACUCGGCCUGCCAGGAGCGGACCCUAGGAGAGCGCACAUUCUAUCGCAAAGAUCAUCUGCGCCAGCAUCUGAAGCUGGUACACAGCGCCAAGUUCAUGAGCUGGUCCAUGGACGCCUGGAGAGUUACGACACCCGAGAUCCGAUCCCGCUGCGGUUUCUGCGGUAUCCUCAUGGAUACUUGGUCCUUCCGCGUUGACCACCUUGCCGAGCACUUCAAAAAGGGUAAAAGCAUGGCGGACUGGAAGGGUGAAUGGGGUUUUGACGACCCUGUGCUUGAUAUGGUCGAAAAUGCGAUGCCACCUUAUCUUAUCCACGACGAGAGAAACUCCCCUGAUCCGUUCGAAGCCUCAAAGACUUCAUCCGCGUCGGCCCGAAAUGCGUUUGAACUGAUCAAGACAGAAUUGAAUGGCUUUAUUGACGACAAGCGCGAGAAGGAAGGCAGGACCCCUUCGGACGAAGAACUACAGCGUGCCGCCUGCGCCCUGAUAUACAACGCCGAAGAGAACUCCCAAAUUCGCGGUGUCGCCCCAGCCGCUUGGUUGCGAGACCUGCUGUUCUCAUCCCAGCAAUUGGCGCAAGAGGCGAGGUGGUCUCGACCUGAACUCUUCAAUGGUGGUCAGAGUCUGAAGAUCAAUGGCAAGGGCCAUAUCUUUGAGAAUGACCCGAUGGAAAUGGAACUCGAGGUCUUUGUCAAGGCACGCCGCCUUCUGGGCUUGACCGCUAUGGACAGCGAGCUGCAAGCCGAGGCGUGCAGCAUUAUACGCCGCAUGGAGGAGAUGUCCAACUAUCCGUCUGACGAGGUUACACAGUUCCUGAUGCGACUCGUGAACGGUUCGACAUCCUGGCUUGCCGGCUUCCGCCAGCGGGCCCACCUGCCGCGAUCCGAAGACCUGGCAGACGAGACGAAGCGGUCCAGGGAUCCCACUACCAUCGACUCGACGAUUUACAAUCCCAGCCGCCUAGAGUCCGAGCUAGCCGAGUACGUUCGAGAGCAGAGGUCACGAGGUAUUGAGCCCACCGACUCCGAUCUGCAACGGCAGGCCCGUUUCAUCAUAUACGAAUACGACGAUGAUGGAUGGAACCAGACAGCUGCAGAUGACGCUGCCUGGCUUGCGACGUUUAAGCAACGGCAUGUGUCAUCUGACCUCGGCGUCGCCGCCGGGAGCUCACAGAACUCCAACACUACCCCCGCGGGCGAUUCGGGUUCCUGGGGCCAGAUGCACCAACGCAGUGGUUCAUCUGGCAAUGUCGUGUCAGGAGGGGGUGGUAGCUGCGCUGGCACCUCGCGAGCUCCCGUUCACAUCCUCAGCGAUGCCAACUGCUACCAGCGCUUGGCGCGGGAGCUCAAGAAAUUUGUCGCCGCGACCAUGUCCCCUAACAACCCCAACUGCCAUGUGCCGUCGGACGAAGAACUCCAGCACCAGGCCAGGUGGAUUAUCUACGAGGAUGACGACCCCUGGAACCAAACAGCCGCCGACAACGCCGAAUGGCUCCGCCGCUUCAAGCGUGACGCAGGCAUCCUUACGGACCCUUCCGUCCCAGGCUUGCCUACGACGCUAGCAUGGAACAUUUCCCAGGGCGGCUCCGGCUUCGCCCCGCCGUAUAUGUUCCCCAACCCUAACAAGACCAACUCCAUCACCAUCGUCCCCUCCGAAGACGCAUCCAACAACAGCCCAUCUUCUUCCAAAGGGGACAACGCCAUCACUACCACCUCCUCCAAUAAUAAUGCCAACUCCCCUGGCAGCGGCGCUCACAAUCAUAAUACCGCCGCCGGCGGGAUAUUGCAGGUGCCCAUCCGCGACGGAGCCAAGAGGCUGUUCGCAGCACAGGGGAGCACGGCCAACCGCUUUGUGCGCGCGCUGGCGACGCGGCACGAGAAGCCCCCCAGUGUGUUUUGCUCGCGCGAGCUCGAAAAGGAGCUCGUCGACUGGGUUGAGAAGGAGGUGCAGGUGCUGGGCCGGCCGUUCCCGCGCGACGAUGAGAUCCGGCAGCGCGCAAGGGAUUUCUUGUGGCGCGAGCGCACCCCCGCCGACGACGCCGUGCUGUUGGGCAAGUUCAAGGCCAUGAUGCGCACUCGGUUGGGUAUGGAUGUGGAUAUGGAUAAGGGGAAUGGGGAUGCUGGUGGUGGUGAUACUGGUGGUGUUGGUGGAGGUUGGGAGGACGGAGGAGGUCCUGCUGGCCAGGGGGCGGGGACAGGGACGGGCCUUAUGGCCUAUCCUCGGGCCCCUGAGGGGAUGGAUAUGCAUGAUGAACUCCUUAGCGCUCAAGAGUUGGAUGAGAUGCUGCAGAAUAUGGAUUUUGAGUUUGGGGAGCUGGCAGGGGGAGGGUUUAUGGGUGGUGGGAGCAUGGAUAUGCAGCACAUUUAA